CGAAACAUCAAGUUCUGUCAGUGGUGUGGUGGUCCAACAAAGCAUGAUAUACCUGAAGGAGAAGAAAGGUUGAGAGCAAUAUGUACAAUUUGUGGGAAGAUUAUCUAUCAGAAUCCAAAAAUGGUUGUUGGUUGCCUCAUACAACAUGAUAACAAGGUCCUGCUUUGCAAGCGGAAGAUUCAACCAUCUUACGGUCUUUGGACGCUUCCUGCGGGGUAUUUGGAAAUUGGAGAGUCAGCCACGGAAGGUGCUAUCAGGGAAACAAGGGAGGAAGCAAAUGCAGAAGUGGAAGUACUGUCUCCUUUUGCUCAAUUGGACAUUCCUCUAAUUGGCCAAACUUAUAUAAUCUUCUUAGCAAAGCUAAAGAAGCCCCACUUUUCUCCUGGUCCAGAAUCAUCAGAAUGCCGGCUUUUCUCACUUGAUGAUAUACCUUUUGAUUCUUUAUCUUUUUCAUCAAUGGUGGUUACCUUAAGUAUGUAUGCGGAGGAUAUUAAGUCUGGAAAGCUCAAAUUCCAUUAUGGUGUCAUUAACAAGAGGCUGGGCACAAGUCCCUCUGAUAUUCAUGCCUAUACGCUGGAUAAUCAUAUGCAGUCAUGACAGGUUGAUACAAGCUCCUCCUUAGUGAUGAAAAUCUUGUUGGUUGCAGUACUAUGAAUAUCUGAAGAUUUAAAUCCGGAAGUUGUAAGUUGUAACCUGAAGAAUCUUCUGCGAGAAUGCAGUCUGCCUCCCUGUGUUGAGCCGGAUCUCUACGACAUCUACAUUCAGCCCAUUAUUUUAUAAUCAGCCGGCCAUCGCGUGAUAAAUAUAAAAUUCGGGGCUGAAAUUUCUCCGUUGUCAUAAGACUGAUAGGCAGUUGUCGCCAAUCACAUCGGCGGAGCUCGCUGUGGUUCAAGGUCGCCCUCAAAUGUUUGCGGCGUGCCAUAUUUUGAUUGAUGUUCGUGGGUAGGUGGGUAAGCUGCUUUCAUUGAUCAAAGAUUGGGACCUGUUACUGUGGAAACAUUUAUCAGAAUUGUGAACGUAAUUAUCCAUCAAGAUUCAAGAGAGAAGAAAUUGAUCUUGAAAAACUAUCUCUCCGAGAAUAAAAUCUCGAAGAAGCUGAGAACCAGAGCAACGUACAAUGGAUGUGAAAUCAUGACCGUUUUCGUGCGACAAUAUGAAUCCAAAUUCAUCGUUUGAUUUGUCUA